AUCCGGGUCACCUCGCAGUUUACGGAAGUGAAUCAUACGCGGAAACAACACGUCAGAAAUGGCCACAGGGGAAGACCAAGCAGUUGGCAUGGGCCUUGUUGGCUUCAGCCUCCUGUUGUUUACAUACUACACMAUAUGGGUAAUCAUUCUGCCGUUCGUGGACAGCGAUCAUGUGGUCCACCAGUAUUUUCUUCAACGGGAGUAUUCUGUGAUUCUACCUGGGAUCGCAGCAUUGAUACUGCUGCUCAGUGUAGGUACCUUCAUUGGAGUGGUCACCUGGAAGAAUCGCAAGCCUAAGAAGGUGGACUAAGAGGGAUGGUGUCACAGAGGUUAGACGCUUGAGGAUGUCGAGCUAGAACUGAAGCUACUGUGGCUUCAAAAGAACCUCCCUGGUUCCAACUUUCCAACAGUCCAGCUGAAGAAACUACAAAUAAAGUCUGGACUGCUUCUCUGUGACAGCUGAUGAAAACAUCUAAUGACUGAAAGACAUAAGAUAAGAUUUGAAGAGCUGCAAGGGACAAGGGGUCCAAGACUGAGACCAGAAGAAUGCGAGUCCAAUUCAAGACCAGGAUUGUAAUUUUGUCAAAUAAUCAUCAUCUGGUGUGUGGAACUGUGUGUUUUAUUGCAGUGCGCUUGCUGUUAGCCAUCUCUUUGAAAAUGUGAAACAUUGUGUUUUAAAGUGGAACUGACAGCAUUUUAGYAACAUUACAUUUGAUUAAAAUCUGUUCAGAUACACCCCCAGGAAGAAUAUGACACUU